CGGGUUAGGAUUUUUUUAAAAAUGAAAGUGAAACAAAACUGAAAUUGCCGCACACUCUCUGCUAAUCCAACCUACUUCACGUCGGACAAAGAGCGCCGACCAUUCACAGCGCAGAGAGCCUGUCCGCGUCCAAACCGCUCUGGCGCAGACUGCGUCAACACCGAGCCGUUUCAUUGGAAGUGGACGUUGCACAACAGCUUAUUUCCUGUGAUCUUUGUUUGGUGAAGUCGAGACGAAGGAACUAUGGACGGAGCGAACGAUCAGCCUCAGCAUCUCAAAGCUCCAAGGCCAAGGCAGAGGGUUCAGCAGCAGCCCUCAGUGGAAGGCUCCGUGGAGGCCGAGGAGUCGGUCUCCGUCCCCUCUAAGCUGGCCUAUUGGAUCAAACUCAACGCCAAAGACCUGAAGAUUCGGCAAAAGGACCGCUCCUGGGCGGCAGAGGUGGUCAACGACUUCCGUGAGAACCUGCUGAAGUUCCUGAAGAGCAACACUGAUCAGCCCUUCUUCCAGGCUGCGGAGUUCCUCACCACCGGCAGCUACUUCGAGAAAGUUAAGAUUAAAACCCCUGAUGAGUUCGACAUGAUGCUGAAGCUUCCGGUUCCUGUUCGCCUCGACAUGACAGCACUGGACAACGGCCUCUACUACCGGAUCGACCUCUCCCGACCCUCCCGAAGCCCCAUAAAAUUCUUUCUUUUGGAGAACCAGCUCACGCUUUCGUCCAGCAGGAUCCUCAGUGAGAUGUAUCGCCUGGUCCGCAAGUUCCUCAAGACCUACAGAGUGCCGGAUAACCAGUGCCGCUGGGAGGUGAACACGAAGCGUCUGCACUCUCCAGCCGUCACGUUGUCUCUGUGCAGAACUGAGGACAACAGCGAUGAGCUGAUCUCGGUGGACUUGGUUCCUGCGCUGGAGGUCCAGAGUUGGCCGCCUACGGUCAGGGACGGUCCAGAUGUGGGCAACUGGCUGGGCAAGAAGGUUCGCCAAGAAAUCAAAGGCUUGCCGUGUUACUUCGUACCAAAGAGGCUCAAAGGACGAAAACUCAGCAUGGACGCCAAGGAGAGUUGGAGGAUUUCGUUCUCUCACAUUGAGAAGAAAAUGAUCACGUCUCAUGGCAACAAGAAAACCUGCUGCGAGAGUCGCAACACCAAAUGCUGCCGAAAACAGUGCUUAAUGCUCCUUAAAUCUCUGAUUGAGGGUCUGAAACUACGAUUUUCCAAAGAACUGGAUGACCUCUGUUCGUACCACGGGAAAACGGCCUUCCUUCACAGCCUGUCCUCCAGGUUUGAAGACGCUGCGUGGACUAGUCAGCAACUUCCUGCCUGCUUCCUGUACCUGGUCGGAGCGCUGGAGGACCAUGCUCGCACAGGUGUCCUUCCUCACUUCUUCGUUCCCGAAUCCAACCUCUUCUCACCAGCCGUUUUCCCCCGCAAAACGCUGGCUUUCCUCAUCAACGCCCUAGAAGAGCAGAAGAGGGAAGGCCUGCCCCUGCUGAAGCCUGCAGCUCCCAUUUCUCCUCUGAGACCAGUGAUGGUUGCAGCAGGAACCACUACUGAAAACCCAGCUGAGAAAGGCACUGAAGCUUUCUUCCAUCUGACUACGCUUCUGGCUGUGAAACCAAUGCUGGUGUGCAUCUUUGUUCUGGCUAUGGCCUUUGGCUGUAUGCAUAUUAUUUAAAGCAAUGGUUCCCAAAAUUUUUAGCCUCGUUUCCACCAACGGGUGCGGUACAGGAUGCUUAGGAUGCAGAUGUGAUCUCGUUGUGUUUCCACAGCCUACCUUAACUUACCUGAAGGGCGGAGUAUCAGCCGGAUAGCGAUAGCCUCGGCUAUGUAACAGCAUUCCACAUUUUGUUAUGUUACAGCCUUAUUCCAAAUGGAAUAAAUAAAUUUUUGUCCUCAAAAUUCUACAAACAACAUGAUGCCACCAGCCACUUGUCUGUGGGCAGUUUCGCCCAUUCCUCUCUGCAGCACCUCUCAAGCUCCAUCAGGUUGGAUGGGAAGCGUCUGUGCACUACAAUUUUCAGAGAUUCAAGUCUGGGCUCUGGCUGGGCCACUCAAGGACCUUCCCAGAACUGUCCUGAAGCCACUCCUUUGCUUUGGGUCGCUGUCCUGCUGAAAGAUGAACCAUCACCCCAGUCUAAGAUGAAGAGCGCUCUGGAGCAGUUUUUUAUCCAGGAUGUCUCAGUACAUUGCUGAAUUCAUCUUUCCCUCUAUCCUGACUAGUCUCCCAGUUCCUGCCACUGAAAAACAUCCCCAUAGCAUGAUGCUGCCACCACCAUGCGUCUCUGUAGGGAUGGUAUUGGUCUGGUGAGGAACGGUACCUGGUUUCCUCCAAACAUGACGCCUGGCAUUCACGCCAAAGAGUUUAAUUUUUGUCACAUCACACCAGAGAAUUUUGUUUGUCAUGGUCUGAGAGUCUUUCAGGUGCAUUUUAGCAAACUCCAGACUGGCUGCCGUGUGCUUUUUACUAAGGAAUGGCUUCCUUCUGGCCACUCUACCAUACAGGCCUGAUUGGUGGAUUGCUGCAGAGAUGGUUGUCCUUCUGGAAAGGUCUCCUCUCUCUCCACAGAGGAAUGCUGUAGCUCUGACAGAGUGAUGGAGGCCACUGUGCUCAUUGGGAUAUUCAAGGCAGCAGAUAUUUUUCUGUACCCUUCCCCAGAUUUGUGCCUCGAGACAAUCCUGUCUCGGAGGUCUACAGACAAUUCCUUUGACUUCCUGCUUGGUUUGUGCUCUACCAUGCACUGUCAAGUGAGGGACCUUAUAUAUAGACAGGUGUGUGCCUUUCCAAAUCAUGUCUAAUCAAAUGAAUUUACCACAGGUGGUCUCCAGUUAAGCUGUAGGAACAUCUCAAGGAUAAUCGGUUGAAACAGGGUGCACCUGAGCUCACUUUUGAGCUUCAUGGCAAAGGCUGUGAAUACUUAAGCACAUGUGAUUUCUAAAGGCGGAUUUAUACUUGGCGGUGUCUGCAUCACUGCUGUAGGCGCUGUGUAACUCCGCGGAGGCCCAACGCGAACCUCUUCCAGACCUGACGUGCACCCCUGCUACGCAGACGGAAGUCCUUCCUUAUGAUUGGUCAAUUUGAGAUUACGAGUUUCCAGAUUUCUGAAUCUUCUCGCUGAAUUUGUGUAGUAGCCGCCA